AAUUCAAAAAGUCCGGACUGCCUGGGGACAGGACAACUGAGUCGUUAGAGGAAGUCGGUUUCCUACAUAAAAAAACAACAAUCUAAGAAUAUUAAAUAUAAACAUACACGAUUAGAUUCAAAACGAGAAUCAACGUCAAUGUCACAGAAUGGAAACGUAUCACGAUCAGACUUUAGACUCACCCUCGAAAAACAGUUACAUUGGGAGCUAUUACCAGCCUCCAGACAGGCUGCUACCAAUAGCAAGACAGCUGGAGUUCCCUGCCAUGGACCCACAGAUGACCAGCCGCCACGAGUCUGAAACUAAACCUAAUAUUGAUAGCACAGCUGUUGUUAAUGCACUGAAGACCCUCCAGGAGAAAAUCAGGCGGUUGGAGCUGGAAAGGAAGCAAGCUGAGAAGAGCUUUAGCCAGUUCUCCCAGGAUGCCCAGAGUCAUCAACAGGUCACAGCAGUUUCCACUGUGUCCAGUCAACCAGCAGCCAGACUGCCUGAGAAAGAUAACUCUGGCAAGAAAGAGCUGGACUCAAAGCUGCAGUCUGCAGAGGCUCGGUGUAAGGUUCUUGAGAAGCAGCUGGACUAUAUGAGGAAGAUGGUUGAAAACGCAAAGAAGGAGAGGAAUGUUCUCAUGGAGAAUCAGGCUUCACUGCAGAACCAGCAGCAAAGCAGCUCACACACCCAGUCUCAGCGGGAGAAGCUGGAGAAACUUGAAUCAGAGUGUCUCAAAUUGAGUCGGACCCAAACUCUGGCAGAGACGAAGCUUGCCAUUCUGGAGCAAAAACUACUGAAAGAAGAGCAUGAGCGUAAACUUGUGCAGGAGAAAGCAGAGGAGCUGCAGAAGGAAUUGGACAUCAACUUUCGAUUGUCUAUGCCAGCUACUGAAGAGAUAAAGCCAAAGAAGAAAACAAAAAAGAGCACCAAGAAAACCCCCAGACAGAAUGAGGUGACAUCACCAAGCGGCCUAAGGAACAAAAAAAUGCCUUUUGUUGCAGGAACAUCGACAAGCCCGAGCCAUUCGGUCCACGCCAACGUACAAAGUAUACUUCACAUGAUGAAGCACCAUCAGCCCCAGCUGUGUGAACGAGUGAGUGCUCUGCACAGGUCUGGUUGUGCAGCCAAGAAAAGCCUCCGAAAGGACUUUGCUUCAUCUUCUACCAAGAAUGACCGGGAGACCGAACAAGCACAUCAGUCACUGGGCUCGCUGUCUGACCUGCUCUUGGCUCUGCAGGACGAGCUGGGACAAAUGAGCUUCGAGCAUCAGGAGUUGGUACAGCUGAUAGAUGCAACCCAAGAUCGCGAGCAGAGACAGGAUCUGCAGAGAGAACUGGAGAGGCUGGUUGGGAGGAUGGAGGAGAAGGGAGCUCAGAUCACUAAGCUUCGCAAACACCAGCAGACGGUCCAUAAACUGACCCAGAGCCAGCCUGAGGAACAUGCAGCCAAAAAGCAGAGUGGGAUCAGGCCACCUGCUCCCUCUCCUGUUAAAGCUGCUAAGAAAGGAAAGAACAGUGGGACCACUAACAACAACAACAACCUGCAGCUUCUCAGAGACACCCAGAGGUUCAGAAACAGCCUCAAACAGGACGACGUCUCCUGGGAAACAUGAGGUUCUUGGAAAGGCCUUUCUGUAGCUUUGAUGCUACAGCUGGUCGAACCACAGGAUUCCCCCUUGGGUCCUUGAAGCCUGUUUUCCCCCUCUUUUCAAAUGGGAGAUUUUUUUUAGUAACAAACAAAAAGAGCGGGAGAAGUUUCACACCGGACUUGAUAAUUUGUUAAUCAUUAUUAAGCGAUGGGUUUGACUUAUGCAGGGUCCUUUAUAGAUAGAGUUUAUAUAGUUUAUGAAUCAUGACCUCAACCUGUCUCAUCGCGAAUGAAGCUGGAGUAAUCUAUUUUUAACAUUUUAAAAUUUUAAUAAAGCUUAUUCUCUGGAAAUACA